AGCGCGCUGCGUGCGGCCCCGCUGCCCAGAGCCUGCCAGCAGCGCGCCCUCGGCGGCUCCGGUCCCAACUGCGCCCGCCGCCUCGCCUCCUCCGCCUCGGCCGCGUCCGGACUCCGGGGCUCGCCCGGCCUCUCGGAGGUCCCCGCCCGCCCCGGCUCCUCGCUGCACCGCCCGGCUCCAGCCCCGCAGCUCGCCUGCCCGCCCGUCCGCCCGGGGGAAGGUAGCAAGCGGGCGAGCGCGCCCUCGCCUGAGCCCCGCGCCCCAGCCCCGCGCGGCGACGAAGGACCGGGAAGAUGAACGGCGGAGGCAAAGCCGAGAAGGAGAACACCCCGAGCGAGGCCAACCUUCAGGAGGAGGAGGUCCGGACCCUAUUUGUCAGUGGUCUGCCCCUGGACAUCAAACCCCGGGAGCUCUACUUGCUCUUCAGACCAUUCAAGGGCUAUGAAGGUUCUCUUAUAAAGCUCACAUCUAAACAGCCUGUAGGUUUUGUCAGUUUCGACAGUCGCUCAGAAGCAGAGGCUGCAAAGAACGCUUUGAACGGCAUCCGCUUCGACCCUGAAAUCCCGCAAACACUACGACUAGAGUUUGCUAAGGCGAACACGAAGAUGGCCAAGAACAAACUCGUAGGGACUCCAAACCCCAGUACUCCUUUGCCCAACACUGUACCUCAGUUCAUUGCCAGAGAGCCAUAUGCGCUGGCUCCCUCCCUCCGAGGCUACUUCUCAGGGCUGGAAGUCCAGACAGUUCUGCUGAAGGCUGUGUUUGAAAAUGCCUUGCCCAGUUUUGAUCCCUUCAAGACUUUGCCACAGCCUCUAUCACACAUCUGUUUUCCUCAAAGAAAAAAAAAUACAUAUAUAAUAAAAUGUGUUUUACUCUUUUACACUGUAUAAUUUUAAGAAAUACGUGUUAUUUGUGAAUGCAUGGUCUGACAUUGCUGUACAGUUUGGAGACAUCCUCAGAACAAAGACAACAGUAAAGCCAAGAUGGUUAGUAUUUUUCUAACAGACAUUUUAAGAAUGGCGGGAUGAGUUCUUACACUAGGUUAGCUCACUUUUGCGCUUCAUUUUUGAAUGCUUUUAAUGAUGUUUAUCAUGUUUUUCUCCUAAUAAGCUGCACGUUUGAGUCAUGUCUUUGAAUAGCAUCGGAACUUCCACAAUUGUGUUGUGAAUGUGUGGACUCCAUCUGCCUGGCCCAGAGUCAGGGCACAUUAGUAACAUGGUGUAGAACUGAGCUCUGCAAGACAAUCAAAGCCCCCAGGAGCAUGUGGCAUCCUCUUGUAUUCACAACUGGGCAAAGACUACUACUUAGGCCAUGCCUCCUGAGCACAGUGUACCAUCUGAAAACCAUGGCAGCUCUGCUGCAAAAACACAAACUGUGCCAAGUGAGGUAUUGCCUCACUUGUAUUUAUUACGUUCUUAUCGUUUGUGAUAGCACCCUCAGAGUGUGUGACCUAAUAUAUCACUCACCUUCCACACACGGUUCUCACGUCCCCAGUGGAACCAUGGUCCACCUCACUAAGUGAAGGACCUUGGUUUGGACCCCUGAGGCCAACAUGGCCUCGGGAGAGACAGGCUACCCACCCAGCUUGCUUGGCUGCAACAGGCAUCACAUCUUAAGUGAAUCUGCAUGGUACAGGCCUAUCUGAGCUGGUGUUCUAAAGCCUGGCGGCCGUCCAUCAUAUUCUCCAGAAUACUGUGUGCUCGAGUAUCUUGAGCCUAUCCACUACAUUGCACUGGGUGGGACAGGUAACCAUGGCCAUUUGCAAGACUUCUUGUCUUCUGUUGUAGACCAACAGAUUUCCAGGGGCUUCUGCUCCUCAGACAAGAGCCACGUGUAAUACUCUAUUGACCUCAGAAUUUUCAGCUGCUGAUAUAGCUAGACAUAAUCACAAUCUUUGUAUCUUUGUUACUGAUCUGCUUGUGUUGUGUUGGAAACGUCAUGUUUUAAUGAUUAUAUCAUUGGUUGGGGGUAUUAUUUUUCAUUAGAAUCAAUAAUGUCAAGUUUUUACAGGUUAUUAAAAAAAGAAAAAGGAAAAGGAAACACUAAGGCCUGGAGUAAGGGCCUUUCAUUAAAGCUCGAGCAAAGGGGCAGGCAACAGCUGGGGACUUAAGAUGUCCAUGUUGGUGUUUGGGACUGCUCAUGCCCUCAGUGCCACCUUGCUUUAAAAAGACAGCCACUCCACCAUCGACUAUGCUUUUAUAAACUGUGUAAAGGUACUUUUCUAUUGUCGUUUUUAAAGAAAAUAAUAAAAGUUUAUUCCAGCUAUCA